CCCACAAUUAAAGCUUAACGCUAGUCACAUGUCACGAAGAAUGGUCCGUCACGUGAAAUUCUAUCCUUUUUCGAUUCAGAAGUGUGUGCAUGGGAUUUGUUUGCUGCUUUGUAUAUUAGAAUGGAUAUAGCGUUUAUCGGUCUCGUCAGAUUAAUGUAAUCUGAUCUGUUGACUGACGGAAAUGUAAUCAAACUAUGAUUUUGGCGGGUAGUGUAUGCUGUACGUGUAUAUUUAUAUUUACACACGUGACUGAGCUUUACUGGCUCGAGCCUAGCGGGCUGCAGUUUUCGCGUGUCAUGGGGGGACGCGGCGCUCCUCUCGCGACCGCCUCGCUCGCGCUCUCGAGGAGUGACGUUAGCGUCAGAAGAUGAAGGCGCGGGGGCGGCCAUUAGCGGAGGCUCUGUGACCGUCAAAGGCCGAGUAAAUACCGUUAGCGGACAGCCGCCCGCCCCCCGCCCAUGGCGAGAACCACCGGUCAGAUUUGUGAUGUCAUUCCCAUCCAGUCCAGCGUGGUGCUGCUCUCGUGCCCCGCCUCACCCAUGGUGAGAGGCCCCCCGGAGGCCGUCCCGAGCACAGGCCUCUGUCUGGAUCUGAGUAUGGAGGCGUCUGCCAAAGAGGCCAGGGCUCCCCUGGGCCGUGCUGAUUGUGGGGCAGAGCGUCGGCCAACAGCCAUGCAGCCGCGGAAAAAGAGGCCCGAGGACUUCAGGUUUGGCAAGAUUCUGGGGGAAGGCUCUUUCUCGACGGUAGUGCUGGCAAGAGAGCAGCUAACAGGGAAAGAUUAUGCCAUUAAAAUUCUGGAAAAACGGCAUAUCAUGAAAGAGAACAAGGCGCAAUACGUGAAAAGGGAGCGAGACGUGAUGUCACACCUAGACCACCCGUUUUUUGUCAAGCUUUACUUCACAUUUCAAGAUGAAGAAAAGUUGUAUUUUGGUCUUAGCUAUGCUAAAAAUGGGGAACUGCUCAAAUACAUUCGAAAGAUAGGGUCUUUCGAUGAGACGUGCACAAGGUUCUACACAGCAGAGAUAGUUUGUGCGUUAGAGUAUUUGCAUGCAAAGGGGAUUAUUCACAGGGACCUAAAACCAGAAAAUAUUUUACUGAAUGAAGAAAUGCACAUUCAAAUAACAGAUUUUGGAACAGCAAAGCAGUUGUCAUCAGAUAGCAAGCAAGCAAGAGCCAACUCUUUCGUUGGAACUGCACAAUAUGUUUCCCCAGAGCUGUUAACUGAGAAAUCUGCCUGCAAAAGCUCUGACCUCUGGGCCUUAGGUUGUAUCAUUUACCAGCUGGUGGCUGGGCUGCCCCCGUUUAGGGCAGGAAACGAGUACCUAAUAUUUCAAAAGAUUAUGAAGCUUGAGUAUGAAUUUCCAGACAAAUUCUUUCCCAAAGCCAAGGAUCUCGUUGAACAGCUUUUACUCUUGGAUCCCAGGAAUCGGCUAGGCUGUGAGGAGGUGGGGGGGUACCCCCCUCUCAAAGGUCACUCUUUCUUUGAGAGCAUAUCGUGGGAUCAGCUGCACCUGCAGACACCCCCUAAACUGACCCCAUAUCUGCCUGCCAUGUUUGAAGAUGAUGAGGACUACUAUGGAAAUUAUGACGACCUCCUCAGCCAGUUCAGCUGCAUGCAGCUGGCCCCGUCCACAUCCUCCCAGCUGGCCCCAUCCAAAUCCUCCCAGCUGCCUCUCUCGGAAUUCCCUCCACUGUUGACUUCCAUCAGCAACAUUCAGCAGUAUAUUCAUGACCUGGACACCAACUCCUUCGAGCUGGACCUGCAGUUCUCCAGCAAGGAGAAGAGGCUGCUGCUGGAGAAACAGACCAGCGGAAAUCCAUGGCACCAGUUUGUGGAAAAUAAUUUAAUACUUAAAAUGGGUCCAGUGGACAAGCGGAAGGGGCUGUUCGCACGUCGGCGCCAGCUGUUGCUGACAGAAGGGCCGCACCUGUACUACGUGGACCCAGUGAACAAGAUCCUGAAGGGAGAGAUUCCCUGGUCUCCAGACCUGCGUCCUGAGGCCAAGAACUUCAAGACCUUCUUUGUUCACACACCAAAUCGGACAUAUUAUCUAAUGGACCCUAGUGGGAACGCUGAUAAAUGGUGCAAGAAAAUCCAGGAAGUAUGGGGGAAGAUAUACCACAAACGGCAAAAAGCUGGCUUAUAGUCGCACCUUAGCGCAGCAUGCUUUCUUCGUGUGGCAAGAUCCCUCCCCUCAGUGCGUGUGGCCUGUCACAGAGAGACCUCCCCCCUGUGGCCUGUCACAGAGAGACCUCCCUCCUGUGGCCUGUCACAGAGAGACCUCCCCCCUGUGGCCUGUCACAGAGAGACCUCCCCCCUGUGGCCUGUCACAGAGAGACCUCCCCCCUGUGGCCUGUCACAGAGAGACCUCCCCCCCGUGGCCUGUCACAGAGAGACCUCCCCCCCGUGGCCUGUCACAGAGAGACCUCCCCCCCGUGGCCUGUCACAGAGAGACCUCCCCCCCGUGGCCUGUCACAGAGAGACCUCCCCCCCGUGG